AUGCAAUGUAUCAGAUCCAUCGUUGGCUUUGUAGGUUUUACUAUCAUUAGUUUAUUGUUGAUUAGUAAAAGUGAAUCAACACCGUUAGAUGAUUAUGUUCAUGCAGCUGAUCCAAAUUUUGGCUGGACUGUAAUUCGAACUUAUGAAGAACCUGAUUAUAUUCUAUACAUUUUGAAUUUUACAUCACAAAAAUGGUUCGAUGAAACAGUUACGAAUCAACCUAUUUGGUGGCACUAUUUAUGUAUUUCAGUUCCACAUAAAUUUACAAGACCAAAUACUGCCUUUAUGUUUAUCGAUGGUGGACAUAACAGUGACGGCAUGCCUAAACCACAAGAUAAUUUGCUUUCUUUAACGUCAAUGUUUGCUGCUAGCUCUGGAAGCUUAGGCAUUCAUUUACAAGAUAUACCGAAUCAACCAUUUCGUUUUCUAGCAGAUCCAUCGAAUAGAAGCCGUAGUGAAGAUGCUCUUAUUGCAUGGACAUGGAAAGCAUUUCUUGAAAAUCCAAGUAAUCCCUAUAUACUUCUUCGUAUGCCAAUGACGAAAGCAUCGGUUCGUGCUAUGGAUGCCGUAGAGCAAUUCGCGGCAAAAUUAGGCGCACCUGUGCCAAAAAAUUUUGUUAUUGCUGGUGCUUCAAAACGCGGAUGGACAACUUGGACAACGGCGGCCGUUGAUAAUCAGAGAGUUAUUGCAGCAGUACCAAUAGUUAUGGAUAUACUCAAUCUUCAAAAAAAUAUGCAUCAUCAUUAUCGAUCUUUAGCUGGCUGGACUUUUGCGUUUAAUGAUUAUUAUGACUUAAAUAUUACUCAAGAUGUUGAUAAUCCAAACUUGAAUAAGAUGGGAGACAUAGUCGAUCCGUAUAGCUAUUUCGACCGAUACAGAAACAUGAAACUAUUACAGAUACAAACUGGUGGCGACGAAUUUUUUCUACCAGACAAUGAAGAUGCAUUUUGGGCUGAUUUACAAGCAGCUACUGGUGGUUCAUUUAUAAGACGAAUACCUAAUGCUGAACACUCAUGUGCUGGUCAUGAAGUUAGUCUCUUUUUUACAAUGCGAAGUUUCUAUUUAAGUAUUUAUGAGAAUCAACCACUACCUUCAUUCAAAUGGACAAAAACAUCAAACAAUACACAUGGUUAUAUACGUGCUGUAGUUGAUUUCAGUGUCGGUCCUAAACCAUUCAGUGUUCUGGGCUAUCAUGCUCGUACCCUUAAUGAUAAGCGACGUGAUUUUCGCUUGGUCAUUGCUGAUCCAAAUCAUCCAGGCAAAGCUAUAGCAAAUCCUGUCAUUUGGUUGAAAACUGAUGUUGUAAUCGAAACACAAACUGCUACAACCGUUGUUUAUUCACUCACUAUUGCAAAUCCAUUGAAUGGUUGGGAAGCAUUCUUUAUUCAAGUAGCUUUUCCUGGUCCAGACGGUUCAGCACUUGAACUUACAACAAAUACACAAAUUAUUCCGGAUACAUAUCCAACUAAUGAUUGCUAUGGUGCUGGUUGUAUUGGUACACUAGUUUGA